AUUAUUGUUUUGUUUGUUUUGUGAGCCCAUAAGUUCAUUUCCACAGCAGUUCAGUCAUAAUUUCAUAUCAUCUAUGUUUCUUGUUUUUUCCUGCAAACAAGUAUUUAUACAAUUUUAAUCUUUUUUUUAAUAAUGUUUGGAAAUGCUCCCAUUUAUGAAAAAAAAAAAAAUUUGAAUUUGAGUGUAAAAAAAUAUGCGCACUUCAUCAUAUACACACACAUUUAUGUUUAGGUGGGUGUAACGAACUGACCUCAUAUACGUGGGAUGUUGAAAACCAACAAAGACGUGCCGUCCUCAAACUCAAAGAAAAGAAAGGGAAUAACAGGUUGACAUUGGGUUGGGGUGAGUCAGCCUGAGUUGUUUUCAUUUCUAAAAAUCUAGAGAUGGUCGUUUAACGCAAGACCGGGUCUUCUGCUUCCACCUCUGCACCACACCCACACCAGAAAACAAAAAACAAAGAAAAUGUGAAGAAAAAGAAAAAUAACAAAAAGCAAAUCCAGAAUCAGAAACUCAAAACAAAUUAAAACCAGAAAAAGAUUCAACCCCAGCUAUAAAAGUUUUUUUUUUUUUUUUUUUUUUUUUUUUUAAUUUCUCAAUUUUUAUUAUAUAAAACAAUAAGCCCGUAAACUGCUAUUCUCUUUUCCGGCCAUUUAUUCUCAUUUUUAAUUAAUUAAUGAUGCAAUCCAAUUUCAUCUCUCUUGCACAAAGCAGAAAGAAAUCAAGGAGGCAUUGUUUCUAAAUCCAUGGGCAGCUCCAGGAAGCCAUGCACAUAAUCUCCUGGGUCCUCCCUCAUUUUUACUUUCUUUUUAAAUUUUUCUUUCCUCCAAAUAUGUGAUUUUGUAUGUUACAACCUCUUGAACCCUAAAAGAAUUAUUUUUUAUGCACUUGAUGCUUUUCCUUUGUUUUGUUACCUCACACGAUGCACAAAAUUUGAUCAGGGAGAGAGAGAUCAAUUAAUAAAAAAUGGGAGAGUCGCCGGAGAAGAAAUCAGGUUGCGGCAUACUGAGUGCAGUUUUCGGGCGGAAUAGUAUCUGGCCGAGAAGAACAACUUCUACGGGUUCUCUUCCUGUAGCCAAUAACAACAGUGCCACGUUAGUGAAAACACCAAGCACUCCUAAUUCCAAACGGCGUCGCGGUGGCUCCGAUGAGGCUGCCUUCCUUGAUUCAUCCAACGUAUCAUCAGAUUCAUCCAAACCGGUCACAAAGCCUUCCCAAUAUAGUAAUAGGGCACCCCCUAUACAACAACAACAACAACAGCAGCAGCAGCAGCAGAAGCAGCAGCAGCAACAACAACAACAACAACAACAGCGGCAGCAAUAUCAACAGAAAAUGGUGCCAAGCCAAGGUUAUGUGAACCAAGGCAAAAGGGUUCCAAAGGAGGCACUUGGCAUAUCCGGUGAGCUUGAUAGCAUGAUUGCUGAUCAUCAAAAAUCGAAAGGGAGCAGUUCCCUUGUAAGGGCUUCAUCCAGCAAUGUUAUGCUUUUUGGAAAUUUGGGUAACUUGAGACAACCUGGGGCCGGCGGUGGUGGAGGCGGCGGAGGAAAUGCAAACCCGUAUAAUAUUCUUGAUUAUCUUCCAAAAACUGCUAGAGAGGAAGUCCCAAUGCCUAGUCAGGUAAAAGUGGGGAAGACUAAUACUGUUAAGGAUGAGAAAAGACAGAGUGAGCCGGAACCACCUGCUUCCUUAUGUCGAGCAUUGUCGACUAGAAUGGACCCUGAAACAUUGAAGAUCAUGGGAAAUGAAGAUUACAAGAAUGGUAGAUUUGCAGAAGCAUUGGCUUUGUAUGAUGCUGCAAUUUCUAUUGACCCCAAUAAGGCUUCUUAUAGGAGCAACAAAAGUGCUGCUUUAACCGCUCUAGGUAGAAUUCUUGACGCAGUUUUUGAGUGCAGAGAAGCCAUUCGGAUUGAACCCCACUAUCAUAGGGCUCAUCAUCGUCUGGCAACAUUAUAUCUUAGAUUAGGGGAAGCAGAAAAAGCUUUGUAUCACUACAAGCAUGCUGGACCAGAGGCUGACCAAGAGGACAUUGCUAAAGUAAAAUCUAUUCAGGCUCUUCUUAACAAGUGCACUGAGGCUCGUAGAUUAAGAGAUUGGAACACCCUCAUAAGGGAAUCUCAAAGCGUUAUAUUAUCGGGUGCAGAUUCAGCGCCACAGAUAUAUGCUUUGCAAGCGGAGGCCUUGUUGAAGCUCAAUAGGCACAAGGAAGCAGAUGAAGCAUUAUCCAGCGGUCCAAAUUUUGAGGUUGAUGCCUGCACUAAAUUCUUAGGUCCUAUUGGUAACGCGAAUUUGUUAGCAACAAGAGCUCAGGUGGACAUGGUUGCUGGCAGAUUGGAUGAUGCAUUAGAGGCAGCUCAACAAGCAUCACGGCUUGACUCAAACAACAGGGAAGCAAACAUGAUUAUGAGGAAGGCUCGAGUUGUUGCAGUAGCUCGAUCAAAAGGCAACGAGCUUUUCAAGACAGCAAGGUUCUCCGAGGCAUGUGUUGCAUACGGGGAGGGACUUGAGCACGAUCCUUAUAACUCGGUGUUAUUAUGCAACCGUGCUGCUUGUCGUUCAAAACUUAGCCAAUUAGAUAAAGCAAUCGAGGACUGUACAGCUGCGCUUAAUGUGCGCCCAUCUUACAGCAAGGCUAGAUUAAGAAGAGCAGAUUGCAAUGCCAAGUUGGAAAAAUGGGAAGCUUCAAUAGAAGACUAUGAGAUUUUGAUAAAGGAAACACCAGAGGAUGAGGAGGUAACCCGUGCUUUGUCUGAAGCGCGGGCGCAGCUCAGAAAACAGCGAGGUUAGCAAGAGAGCCUAGACGUGGACAAUGGAAACAAGCCAAUGCAACUAACUUAGGAGCCAAUAGCCAGGAAAGAAAGUUGUCCUUUUUAAAAUUGGAUGGCUCUUGGAGCUCAAGAAGAGAAGCACAAAACUUGAGUGGUUGGAUAAAAAUGGAUGAUUUUUCAAAGAGGGGAGUGAAAGUGGCAAUUCAUACAAUGUAAAACAAAUACGUGACCCAAUUUUCUUCUAUAUAUUGCUGUAUCCGUGCAAUUCUUUCGAAAAUGAAUUGGAUACUGCUUAUAAAAAUUGUGAAAAUAUACCUGGAAGAAAUCUUGA